GUAUUUAACACGCGAGCCCGAAGCACUCGGCUGUCGAAGAACUACGGAAGCAACAAGCAUUCGGAAAGUCACCUCGGCCAGACCAAUCAUCGUAUCUCCGCUAUGCCAGACACGGUCUUUAUCUCACGACCGGCUCUCAGGGCCUUGCUUGCGGAACUCGACAUAUGCCACUAUCUAUUUGGGCAAAAUCCGCAAAAUGGCACCUUACCCUCUGAUUGGUUUCGUCCCUUAGUACUCACUUCCGCCGACGACACACGCGAUGUUGGAUUCUACAGCGACGAUGUCAGAAAGUUGAUCAUCAGAUGUACUUCCGCACUUAGAAGCUUACUGAUGCAACAUCGAGAGAAACUGGAAGAACAUCUCUUUCUAUUGCGACAAUUACGGGCCGAGAAGAAUAAGAUUGAAGACUUACUGGCAGGCCGUGAGGAAACGGUCAACACGGACCUGCUGCGGCUCGAUACUGAGACCGGUCGCUGGGGUGGUAUCAGGGAACCACUGAACAUGAAUUCGAUGCUUCUCGGCCCUGAGACCGGUUGGAGGGCGAUGGGGAUUGAGGAACUCGCAUCGACGAGAACUGAGCAGGAGCUUGAAGAGUAUGCAGCCAUUCACAGGGACAAUGACGAGCUUAGAUACUCGGAUUGAGUGAAUUGAGCAGGGGACGAAAGGGUGAUGAGAUGGUGUGUGUUUUCAGAACCCUUUUGGUUUCUAUAUCGCAAUACCACAGUCCAUAACGAUGU